AUGUAAUAUUUUGUAUCUUUAGCAACCCCACAAAUAUUAAGAUGUAAAUCUUUUUAUCCGUUAGGCCUUUGUGUGCACUGAGUGUGAGAAACAUGCAAUGUUUUUAAUUUUCACAUCUGUCUGGCAUUUAUUUCAUGCAUCAGGAGAUAUGUAUGACACCAGUGGCAGCUGAAGCACUUGAAAAGGACAGCCGCCAGCAGGCAAAAAGUGCAACAUGGCAUCAGGAACGCCGGCUUCGUGUCACCUCCUCCAACUUUGGUGUGGUCCUGAAUAGGAAGGAGUGGACAGUAAAGGGCCUGCAAAACCUCACAGCUGCCAGAGACCUUUCUAGAGUUGCUGCAGUCAAUUACGGCAUCAAGAUGGAACCGCUAGCUGCUCAACGCUACGAGGAUGCUCUACGCCGUCUGGGCCACGCUCCUACAGUUAGUACCUGUGGAUUGCUGGUUAACCCAGCCUUUCCUUGGUUGGGUGCGUCGCCCGACAGGAUUGUGUACGACCCCACAGAACAAUCCUAUGGUGUAGUAGAGAUCAAGUGUCCCUACUCUCUACGUGACCACAAGGCGUCUGCCCUUCUAAACACUGAUUUCUGUUGCAUAAUCAGGGAUGGUGUACCAGAGCUUAAGAGGGACCACCAGUAUUAUCAUCAACUGCUUGGGCAGAUGGGUGUAUCACAGUUGCGCUGGGGUGACUUUGUGGUAUAUGGAGGAGAUUUUCUUUUGAUCGAACGAAUAAGAUUUAAUGAGAAUGAAUGGAAAAGUGCCAGAGAGGUGCUCGACAACUUUUACAUGGACACACUGCUGCCAUAUCUGUCAAGCACUGUAAUCUGAUACAGUAAACAACGCAAGAAUGGCAUGUCAAAAAGACAAGUAGGGCUGCAAACAUUUUAUUGCACAGAAGAUGGCAGCAUCACGAGGUAGUGAGGAUUGACAACAUAUGACUAGAAAAUAAGGCGUCUUUAAGGAACACUGUGGACAGAUCAGUUUGUAUCUUCUUUCAGAAGUGAUGGCUGGAAGUUUGUCAGGAAGGCACACACGGCCCACAUCUGAUUCGCUAAGGGUACAAGGGAGAUUGGAAUCGAGCGGUCAAAAAUGUGAUAUCCCUUGAUUUUCUCGAUCUUCCUUUCCACAUGUAUCCUGAUUGCUGCGAUUUCCUGAGUCUCCUCCACUUCUGUGGGAGUAAAUUGCCCAUGCAUGAGGAAGGGUGGAAUGUUCAGCAUUACUUUCUUGCUUUGCAGCAGGUCUUUUAUUUUAAAUCCCUUGUCAGCCAUGACUGAGUCACCUGUGUCAAACUUCAGGUCUAAAAAUCCACUCUUCUCCACACACUCUCUGUCAGACGUACACCCAGUAAAUAGUUCCGAAACAAAAGUAAGUACUCCAUGAGGGGAGAUGCCUACGAGGGCUUUGAACGUAUGGGUAGACUUGUAUGAGGAAUAGACUUGUGAUUGCGUCACAAAAGAUGUUGGCACAUCACAUCUAAUCUCAGUGGCAUCCAAGAUGACACGUGUUGAUGGAUAUUUCUCCUUGAAAGCAGAUGGCAUGGCAGCAUCAAUAGCUUGUCGUGAUAUCCAUGUUGUCGUUUCUGUUACUUGCAAAUAGAUAUAGUCGAGCACUGCAGAAAAAAUUCUUGACACCGUGCUGAUAGA